AUGAUUUGGACUAGAUCCACUUGCAUUCUUUUCUUCACCUUGCGUUUCUCUCAGCUGGCAGCUGUAUCGGUGAUGACCAUUUUUCUCCCACUUUUAACAGUGCAGGAUGCGGAUUUUGGUGAACAGGAGGAUAUCUCAAAGAUCAAUUUAGCUGCAGGAUUGGAUCUCUUUCAAGGGGACAUCCUUCUGCCAAAGUCAAGAAAUGGCCUGAGGGACCCAACCAGCAGGUGGACAUUCCCCAUCCCGUACAUCCUGGCGGAUAAUCUGGCGCUCAAUGCCAAAGGAGCCAUCCUUGCUGCCUUCGAAAUGUUCCGCCUCAAGUCCUGUGUGGACUUCAAGCCCUAUGAGGGAGAGAGCUCGUACAUCAUAUUUCAGGCAUUUUCUGGGUGCUGGUCUAUGGUUGGCGAUCAACACGUGGGACAGAACCUCUCCAUUGGCUCAGGGUGCGACUACAAAGCCAUCAUUGAGCAUGAGAUCCUGCAUGCGUUGGGGUUUUACCACGAGCAGUCGAGGACCGACCGGGAUGACUAUGUGACCAUCUUGUGGGAUGAAAUUAUCCCAGGUUACGAGCACAACUUCAACAUCUACGACGACACGCUCAUCACAGACCUCAACACGCCCUACGACUACGAGUCCGUGAUGCACUAUGCGCCCCUCUCAUUCAACCAAAAUGCCAAUGUCCCCACCAUCACGACCAAGAUCCCCGAGUUCAACUCCAUCAUCGGGCAGCGCCUGGACUUCAGCGCCAUCGACCUGGAGAGGCUGAACCGGAUGUACAACUGCACCACCACGCACACCCUUUUGGAUCACUGUGCUUUUGAGAAGACAAACAUAUGCGGGAUGAUCCAGGGCACCAGAGACGAUGCAGACUGGGUCCACAAGGACAGCUCACAAGCCGGACAAGAGGACCACACCAUGGGCGGCCAGUGUACAGGUGCCGGCUACUCCAUGCACCUCGACACGGGCACAGGAGCCUUGGAAGAGGCAGCCCUUCUGGAGUCUCGGAUUCUCUACCCACAGAGGAAGCAGCAGUGCCUACAGUUCUUUUACAGAAUGACAGGGAGCCCCUCUGACCGACUGGUCAUUUGGGUCAGAAGAGAUGAUGGCACUGGCAACGUCCGCAAGCUGGUCAAGAUACAGACCUUCCAAGGAGACUCUGACCAUAACUGGAAAAUUGCCCACGUGACACUCAGAGAGGAAAAGAAGUUCCGCUACCUUUUCCAGGGCACAAAAGGUGACCCGCAGAACUCAGCCGGGGGCAUUUCCCUGGAUGACAUCACCCUGACGGAGACGCCCUGCCCGGCAGGAGUGUGGACAGUGCGGAACAUCUCUGGAGUCCUCCAGAACACAGAGAAAGGGGACAAGCUCCUGAGCCCGCGGUUCUACAACUCCGAGGGUUAUGGUUUUGGGGUGACCUUGUACCCCCAUGACAGAGCAACCUCCACUGUCUCCGGCUACCUGGGCAUAGCUUUCCACCUGUGCAGUGGGGAGAACGAUGCUAUCUUAGAGUGGCCCGUGCAGAACCGGCAGGCGUCCAUGACCAUACUUGACCAGGAGACUGAUGUCAAGAAUAGGAUGUCCUUGAACAGGAUGCUCACGACCUCCCUGUCACACACAUCUGCAGCUAUCAAUGGCUCUGUCAUCUGGGACAGGCCGUCCACUGUGGGCUCCUACGACAAGGACUGCGAUUGCUUUCGGAGCAUCGACUUGGGCUGGAGCAGAGCCAUCUCACACCAGAUGCUGAGGAGGAGGAGCUUCCUUAAAAACAAUGACCUCAUUGUGUUUGUGGACUUCGAAGACCUCACCCACCUGAGCAAAACAGAGGUGCCGGUGAGCUCUACUGCCCACAGGCUGGUCCCCGCAGGCCUUGUGCUCCAAGGACAGGAGCAGCAGGCCCUGGAAGAAGGUUCUAGAAAGGCUGACCUGGAUGAAGCCCCACCAGGCAGGCUGGGCCGACAGAAGCGGUCCGUGGAGAACACAGGCCCACUGGAGGACCACAAUUGGCUGCAGCAUUUCAGAGACCCAUGUGACCCGAACCCAUGCCAGAAUGAGGGCAUCUGUGUGAACGUGAAGGGCACAGCAAGCUGCAGGUGCGUCUCUGGACAAACCUUCUUCUAUACGGGUGAGCGCUGUCAGGCCAUGCAGGUGAAUGGCAGCAUCCUUGGCCUGGUGAUUGGAGGCACGGUCGGUGUGAUCUUCCUCACCUUCGCCAUCACCUCCGUAAUGCUCCAAAGGCCCAGGCCGUGACCCACCCUGGACGUGACCACGCUGCAGAGUCGCCUCCUCCGCUCCGACCUUCCCUCCUCCUGGGCGGCGAUCUGAGCAGCUUCCAGUUUGUUUUGAAUUGGCCUCUAGAGACCGUGCCUCGGCUUCCUGUGUGAUUCUCUUCAGGCCGCUGCCUCCACGUGGGCCUGUGGCCAGGUGCGAUGUCCCGAGCCAAGGCGCAUCUCCCAGGAUUAGCUUUGCGAUAGUUGCGAGCUCCAGCAGGCAGGCACCUGUCGUGCUCACUACCUUGCCAUCCCGUGCCUAGAGUGUGCCCAGGGGCACACAGUGGGCCCUCAGGAGAUGGCGAAUGGGUGAACCAAUAAAUGAAUGAAUAACCAAAGCAAAGAAGCUCUCCUGUCUCUGUCUUAGAUCAGGAGUGCAAAAGGAAAUCCACUUGUGUGUGAAUUAAUCAGAUACUAAUUUUCAUCAGACACACUGGUGUUAGGACCCUUUUAACAUUUUUUAAAGGAUUUCAAGUGAAUGAGUCCUCUAAGAAACUGAGAUUCAGUCUUUUUCUCUUUCACUGAUUCUAAGGAAAAGAUUUAAAACACACACACACACACACACACACACACACACACACACUGGGGCACUGGGGUAGUGGUUCUUACCCAUAAUCUUAGCACUUAGGAGGCUAAGGCAAGAAGAUCACAAGUUCCAGCCCAGCCUGGGCAAAUUAGCAAUGUAGCGAGAUCCUUCUCAAAGUAAAAGAUUUUAAUAAAAAGACUGGCAGUGUAUCUUAGUGUUGGAUCAUCUUGUUCAUGCAUGAGCUGUUAUCCACACACACACACCAAGAGUCAUUAUUAAUUAGUCCAAAUAAUCAUAGUCAAAGGUCUGAGAAAUAUCUGUGGCAAAACUUUAAAUAUUAUCAUCUCUAAUC